CUACCAUACCAUGCACCCAUGGCUUGUUGAUGACAGCUGAUCAUUUUAAAAGCAAGAGAAAGCUAUGGCACAUGGAAAAUCAUUUCGCCAUGGUAAUAACAAUGGCACUUUCUUUCUUUCAUUUUCUUUCCCACCUCAUCUUUUACUUGUUCCUACGCAGACAGCUUGGAUUGUAAUCAAGCGCAAUGGUGAACAUAUAAACCCUUUGUAGUUUUUGGCUUUUGCAAUUGUUUAUGGAAGAAACUGAAAGCCUUAGAACCACCAGUAUCACCAACAUUUAAAGGCAGCAGUGUCAUUUCUUCAAUUUGUUGAUUAUGGAAGUUGAUGUUGACUGCAGGAAGAUGGUGAAGAUGAUGAGAAAAAAAGACUUCUUCGUUCUCUUGCAAUAGUUUUUGGUUGCAUUGCUCUGUCCUCUCUGGCUUACACAGGUCUUUUGAAUUUGAUCGAGUAUUUUGGCAGUUAUAGACCUGACGUUCUCUAUAGUAACCAGGCAACAACGUUGAGCGUUGUCAAAAAUAUUAGGUUUCUUUUAAGUUAAUAUUAUUUGGAAUGGACUGGGCUAAAAAGGCCAAGCAAUGGGUGAGGGUCCUACUUUAAUUAUACAAGUUUGAGGGGUCAAAAUAAAAUAUUUAUAAGAUUAAGAUCGACUUGCUCUCCCAGUUACCCUUUUGCCACUUGAACGAGAAAGAAAAGAAAGGAAAAAAUAUAGAAAAAAAAAUGGAUUUUUAAGCUUAAAAUCCAGAGCUUUUCAAUUGAAGAACCUAGGGUUUGUAAUUUUAAUUUUUGUAUUUGAAUUAAAUCCUGUAAGGCGGAUCAAGGAAAAAAAAGUGAGCGAAAAUGAGGAUUAUGAUAAAAGGAGGAGUAUGGAAGAACACAGAGGAUGAGAUAUUGAAGGCGGCGGUUAUGAAAUAUGGGAAGAAUCAAUGGGCUCGAAUUUCUUCUUUACUUGUUCGUAAAUCUGCUAAGCAAUGUAAAGCUCGUUGGUAUGAGUGGCUUGACCCUUCUAUCAAAAAGACCGAGUGGACUAGAGAAGAGGAUGAAAAACUGCUUCAUCUUGCAAAGCUCAUGCCAACACAAUGGAGAACGAUUGCGCCAAUUGUUGGUCGGACUCCAUCUCAGUGUCUUGAGCGGUAUGAGAAACUCCUUGAUGCUGCCUGUGCUAGAGAUGAAAAUUAUGAGCCAGGUGAUGACCCCAGGAAAUUGCGUCCGGGAGAGAUUGACCCAAACCCUGAAUCAAAGCCUGCACGUCCAGAUCCUGUUGAUAUGGAUGAGGAUGAGAAAGAAAUGCUUUCUGAAGCUCGUGCUCGGUUAGCUAAUACUAGGGGCAAGAAGGCGAAGAGGAAAGCUAGGGAGAAACAGCUUGAAGAGGCUAGGAGGCUUGCUUCUUUGCAGAAAAGGAGGGAACUUAAGGCUGCUGGAAUUGAUACAAGACAACGGAGGAGGAAAAGGAAGGGAAUUGAUUAUAAUGGAGAAAUUCCCUUUGAGAAGAGGCCUCCUCCAGGCUUUUAUGAUGUUGCUGAUGAAGAUAGACCUGUGGAACAGCCUAAGUUCCCAACCACCAUUGAAGAACUUGAGGGAAAAAGAAGAGUUGAUAUAGAAGCGCAGUUAAGAAAGCAGGAUAUUGCAAAAAAUAAAAUUGCACAGAGGCAGGAUGCCCCAUCAGCAAUAUUGCAGGCCAACAAGAUGAAUGAUCCAGAAACAGUGAGGAAGAGAUCUAAACUUAUGCUGCCAGAACCUCAGAUUUCCAAUCAUGAAUUGGAGGAGAUUGCAAAGAUGGGAUAUGCCAGUGAUCUUCUUGCAGGGAAUGAGGAACUGGCCGAAGGGAGUGGUGCAACUCGUGCUCUUCUCGCAAAUUACUCCCAGACACCACGGCAGGGAAUGACACCUUUACGGACCCCACAAAGAACACCUGCUGGAAAAGGUGAUGCUAUCAUGAUGGAAGCUGAAAAUCUGGCUAGGUUGAGAGAGUCCCAAACACCCUUACUUGGUGGAGAAAACCCUGAGCUGCACCCUUCAGAUUUCUCAGGGGUCACUCCUAGAAACCAGAUUCAAACACCAAAUCCAAUGUCAACUCCUUCGGCGACUCCAGGAGGUACAGGUCUUACUCCUAGAAUUGGAAUGACGCCAUCAAGGGAUGGCUAUUCUUUUGGUUUGACCCCUAAAGGAACUCCCAUCAGGGAUGAGCUCCACAUAAACGAAGACAUGGAUCUACAUGACAGUGGCAAACUUGAGCAACUGAGACGAGCUGAUCUAAGAAGGAACUUGCGAUCUGGACUCAGUAGUCUUCCACAGCCAAAGAAUGAGUACCAAAUAGUCGUUCAACCACCCCCAGAAGAUAAUGAAGAACCAGAAGAGAAGAUUGAAGAAGACAUGUCUGAUAGAAUAGCUAGAGAAAGGGCUGAGGAAGAAGCACGGCAGCAGGCAUUACUUAAGAAGAGAUCAAAAGUGUUGCAGAGGGAGCUUCCAAGACCUCCUAGUGCCUCCCUGGAACUAAUUAGAGAUUCUUUGAUCAGGACUGAUGUAGACAAAAGUUCCUUUGUUCCUCCUACCUCAAUUGAGCAGGCUGAUGAAAUGGUAAGAAAGGAGCUUCUGUCCUUGCUGGAGCAUGACAAUGCUAAGUAUCCUCUUGAUGAAAAGGCAAAGGGGAAAAAAAAAGGUGCCAAACGUACUGCAAAUGGAUCUAUUCCCAGUAUAGAAGAUUUCGAAGAAGAUGAAAUGACAGAGGCUGAUUCCUUGAUAAAGGAAGAGGCUGAAUUCCUUCGUGUGGCAAUGGGGCAUGAAAAUGAAUCUCUUGAUGAUUUUGUGGAAGCACACAAUACUUGCCUAAAUGAUCUCAUGUACUUCCCUACUCGUAAUGCUUAUGGUCUAUCAAGUGUUGCUGGAAAUACAGAGAAACUUGCGGCUCUGCACACUGAAUUUGAUAAUGUGAAAAAGAAGAUGGAUAUUGAUAAGUCAAAAGCAGAAGGCAUGGAGAAGAAGUUCAAUGUCCUCACGCAGGGUUAUGAGAGACGGGCUGCAACUCUUUGGCGUCAGAUUGAGUCAACCUUUAAUCAGAUGGAUACUGCAGGAACAGAACUUGAGUGUUUUCAAGCAUUACAAAAGCAGGAGCAGUUAGCAGCAUCACACAGAAUAAAUGGUCUCUGGGAGGAAGUUCAGAAGCAGAAAGAGCUUGAACAAACUUUACAAAGACGCUAUGGGAAUCUCAUAGCUGAGUUAGAAAGGAUACAAAAUCUCAUGAAUAUAUACAAAGUACAAGCACAAAAACAAGAAGCAGUAGCUGAAAAGGAUCGUAAUCUUGAGUUGUCUGAGGCUGCAGCAAGUCAAUCCGCUGUGCCAAGCACUGGACUUUCUGAACCUGCACCUUCCUCAGAGCAUGUUGACUCUUCUCUUGAUGGCCACCUAAGCCUGAAAGUUGAUAUGAAUGUCGAUUCAGGGAAAGAGCAUGCUGCUAUGGAUAUGGAAUCAGAUGGAAGCAUGUGUGGUAAUGUAACUUUGGUUGUGGAAGACAAAGGAGAUAAUAUCACAAAGAGACUUGAUGGGAUGUCUGGGGAUGCUGUAACAAGUUCUGAGGUAGCUGCAGAAUCUAUAAAUCCUGCACAGGAAAGCAUCCAACAACAGCUUGAAGGUGAAGGUUUUAAUGACCACACCAAGAUUGACAAUUCUUCUGUCUUGGGUGGAGAUACUGCUGAAAAACAAACUGGAAUUGAGGAAUAGCUGUUUUUGCUCUAAACAAGUUAUGAGUUUUGUUGGGCUAUGAGGGACUAAGUCAUGAAAUUCUUCCUCAUUCAAGGAGUAAUAUUUGGCAUUGAUGUAUCCAUAACUGCUUCUGUGUUUUGACGAGUGAGAAAUAUUCCAUGGAUGCUGGCUAUGUUGGAGCAGAGCUUUUUCUGUCAUAAUUUUUGCAUCUUUGUGUUUUCCAGCGCCAGAGUUUAUUGUUUCUCUUAUAAGAGACCCGGAAAAGCAAUACCGGUAAUGUUUAACAUGUGAUUACUAUGAGAUUUUAAGGAACUAUUGUAGUAUUUCUUUUUUUUGUUGACAUCCUGAUUCUCACCCUUCUUUUACUUAGUAUAUCAUUUGUUCAUUGGAGGUCCAGGUCUUAAAAACAUGAAGGGCCACUCAUUGGUUGCUUUGGUACACCAUCUCUUUUCCCUUGGACUUGCCACAUGCAUAACUGGUUUUCACAAGAGAUGAUGAAGUUACUAGAUGAGAGGCAUCUUAAUUAUACUCUGUACCAAUAAUUUGUAGGGAUUUUCGUUCUUUUCCCAAAAUAAACUUUUCAGGAAAGUUGAAAAAUUAUUUUCCAUUUGACCCAGAUUACCCUCUUGAUAGUUGAUCCAGCUUCGUUUGAUUGACAAUCUAUUGCUAGUUUGCAGAUUGUUUUCUUUAGACUUUUCCUCAACAUUUUCCUUUCCACCAUAUUUUCCAUGUCCAAACAUAACCUUAACCUAUAUAACCAUGCCAUACCAUGCCAUUAAAGUUUGAACGUGUCAAUUUCAAUUGG